GGGGCAACUCGGCAACCAGAGGCUUGACGGCGACAAGAUUGGGCUGCCCGUGCCCGGCACGAGGAUGAUAAGAGCUCAUGUCGUUUUCUGCUACCCGGCCGAAAUAGAAAAAAGUCGGGCAGACGAAGGGACGAGCUCUCUUCUUCCUGUUUCGGUCUUGGGACAAGUCUCGCGUUCCGGACGGCACGCGCGGUCAGAUCUACAAAGAAGAAAAGAUGAUUCAAGAACUCCUAGGAGGUGCUGGCCUUAUUGGAGGAGAGAUAAGGAAAAUUUCCAUCACUGGAACCAUUUUAGAAGGAACGCCUUCUCCUUCUCCUUCAUUUUCUCCUUCUUCUUCAGCCACAACAUCUACAACAACUGCUACUGCAACUGCUGCUAAUUCAACUUCUUCAACUUCAGAGAACCUCAGAUGCCCUAGAUGUGAUUCUUCAAACACUAAGUUCUGCUACUAUAAUAACUAUAACCUCACUCAACCUCGCCACUUCUGCAAAACUUGUCGCAGAUAUUGGACUAAAGGUGGUGCUCUUAGGAAUGUUCCAAUCGGAGGCGGAUGCAGAAAAAACAAAAGCACAAGUGUAUCUACCUCAGUUGGAAAGUCAAGCACCAGUAAGAUGAAAACAGUGGCAUCUGAGAUUGGAAGAUCGAGCUUUGGGAAUGGAUUUGAUAAUGAACUUCCAUCAAGCCCAAUUAUGUGGGCUUCACCUCAGAAUUCGCAUCUUCUAUCCUUACUGAGAACCACCCAUAACCCUAACCCUAACUCCAGUACACUAACUAAUUCUCUUGCUUUGAAGGAGGAAGGGUGUAUGAUCGGAACCCACAUGAUGACUGAGUCAACAGUUGCUAAUGGUGCACUAAAUGCUCGUACACUUUGCUUGGACCCUAUUACUCAAGGCCCUUCUCUAGGUCUUUGCCCUCCUUUUUGGAAAAACAAUCAAUACCAAGCUCAACAGCACCAACAAACUGGCUUCAUAGUUGGUCAUGAAGCUCAAAACUCAGGGAUACUAGAACUGUAUCAAAGACUCAGAGCAUCAACUAAUUACUAUACCGAUAACUCACCUGUAGUUCUAAGCAAUGUGGCUUCUUCCUCAGCUGCAUCUUCAACCAUUUUGGAGUCUUCUCCUGUUGCUGGAGGUGAAUUGGGCUACUGGAAUCCAACGUUUUCAUGGUCUGAUCUUCCAACAACUAACGGUGCAUGUCCUUAAGAACCCUUUAUUUCAUUUUUUUUUUUUUUGGUUUCGUUUUUGCUUUUUAGAUUACCUUCAUAUGCUAGGGUGGUUGUGGUAUAUGGAUAAAGUCGUAGAUUCAGUUUCUUUUCUUUGCAUUUCAUUUACUUUUAAGGUUCUCAAUUAUGUAUGUGUGUUUUUGUUUGUUUGACUUGUGACAAUGUUCCAAGGACCAAAAAUGGUAGAAAUGGAAAAUAUUAGCUGCUUUAAGUGCC